AGAGUGAGGAAGAGAGGAUUUGGUUAACGUGGUGACGGUUCGGGAAAGAGUCGAGCAAGAUAAGAUAAAAUAAUGAAUGUAACUACAUGGUAGGUAAUUUAUCGUGAAGUCUAUUAACUCUCAUCCAGAUUACACACAGGGAACGCUUUGUUUAAGCUAAGGUUGAUAGGUAGCCUACAGUUAGUCGCGUUAUUACGGGAGACGGGCCAUUUGAAAUACCCUGGUGAUGCAAACUGGCAUGUUGAUGACGCGUAUGUCGUGCUGUCAAAUGAAUGGGACUAUGGCCCAGCCUGGCCCGUUGGUGAAUAUCGCAGAACAGGACGUGCUCAACGUGGUUCUGACCCAGACAAGCACCGGUGCGUGUCUCCGUGGUGUAUACGGAAAAACUGGUGGCCCAGUGUGUCUCAAAUUCUUUCCUUCGGAGAGAAGACAGCGGUGGAGUAGGCAGUACAUGCAGGAUCUAACACUGGUCCGUCAGACCUGUUCCAACCGUGUCCUGGUUCCCCUGGGGUGGUACAGUGUUGGCUGGCUGGUUGGGCUGGUGUCUGACUGGAUGCCUGGCGGCUCUCUCCACUCUCUUCUGUACGAGACGCAGCUUUACCCAGAAUUCCCUUUGCCUCUUCGGCUGCGGAUCCUGCUGGACGUGGCGGAGGGGCUGUCUCACCUGCACGCGCUCCCCGUCCCUCACCGGACCCUGAAGCCCAGCAACGUGCUGCUGGACCAGCAGGGCCGGGCCAAGGUGUGUGACUUCAGCCAGAGGACCGGCCCCGCUCUGUCCCAGGGCCCCCUGCCCUGCCUGACGGACCUGGCGUACCUGUCUCCUGAGGCUCUGCACGGGGACGACUCCUCCACCGAGGCAGAUGUGUACAGUUUUGGACUGCUGCUUUCUGAGACCCUGAACAGAAGAGCUCCAUAUGAAAAAAUCGCCAGCGUCCGUGAGCUGCUGGUGUUUGUGCAGAAAGGGGUGUGGCCAGGCGCCCAGGACAACGCGUUGCCCCCGGAGACGCCCCACAGGCACGCGCUGUCCCGGCUGAUCGCCCUCUGCUGGAGUGGAGAUCCCCAAAUCCGGCCCACCGCCCCCGACUGCAUGCUGGAAUUGAAGGAGGCGCUGGCAACCUUUCACAUGGAUUCCCCAAACCAGGCAGCAGUCCAGCUGACAAAACGCAAGGAGAGGGCGCUGCUGGGCUGUAAGGCUCAACAGGCCGGACAAAUUAAGAUGGAGCUCAACAAUAUGGAGCUCUGCCAGGACACAAAAAGCGCCGGGACUAAGACCCUGCCCGUGUCCAUAGCCCCGGCCACCCUGCCCAUCCCGCCGGCUCUCAGUCCCGAAAACACCCCCACGAGUCACCUCCCCGCACCCAGCCAGGGGAGGAGCUCCACAGAGCCAGAGGCGUGGUGCUGCCAGGAUGCCCCGGUUCCCCGCCCGAGGAGUGCCUCUGGGAGGCAGGGACAGCGACACAGCCCCUCUCCUCCUGCCCCUCUGUGCUCCUCUGCGUCUCCUGGGGGCCUGAGCCCUCCUGCCCCUCUGUGCUCCUCUGCGUCUCCUGGGGGCCUGAGCCCUCCUGCCCCUCUGUGCUCCUCUGCGUCUCCUGGGGGCCUGAGCCCUCCUGCCCCUCUGUGCUCCUCUGCGUCUCCUGGGGGCCUGAACCCCUCCAAACACACCCCCCUGGGACCCCCCGCUCCCAGUGCCCAGGGCAUCCCAGGCCAGAGCUGCUGCCAGAUCCUGCGGGAGAGGCGCGAGGCCAUCGUGCGCUGCAUGACCAACGGUCGUCUCAACCACCUGCUGGACGUGCUGCGGUCGCGGCAGGCCCUGAACCGCGAGGAGUACGAGCUGAUCACCGUCGCCCUGACCCUGCCCGCCCGCACCCGCGCCCUGCUGGACACCUGCCUCUGUCUGGGGGAGCGACCGGCCGCUCUGGUGGUCUCCACCCUGGGCCUGGUCCCCACGGCGACCACCCCCCACCCCUGCCACUGCUCCAACUGAGGGGUGCAGUGGUGAGGCUGGGGAGUCUGGGGACGCCCCCCCCGGAAGAACAUGCCUCUGGGCGGGGCUUUUCUCAAACCGAACUUUACCGACAUCCAUCUGAAGUGCGUGCGGUCAGCGCUGCCUUUAACGGUCGCGCUGGUGAAACGCUCCGCAGUCACUCUCCCACGAUGUAACCCCUGUGAUGUCAUUACUGGUGGCUUGUGGGGGCCACUGCCCCUCCUCAUUCCCGUUUAAACUCCCUCGUAAUUCCGGCCAUCGCCACAGACGCCAUUAUACACGGCCGUGUAGUUUUCAUAAAACAUGCCGUGUCCAGUAUUGGGAUGACGUUGCCAAUGACAUUACCGCGUAACUGCGAAAGUUCUCAAGGAGCGCAUUUCGGCAUCGUGUAAUGUCGGGAUGCCGUGUACACCAGGGUCGCAUGGUUAACAUUAUGUUGCUUAUUUUACUCGUACUGUUUCAAGUCGCAGUUCUCUGGAAUCCCGUGGCAGCCCACGGAACAUUUUUCCGGGCUUUCCAGGCUGAUUCCAUGCGUGUGGAGUCAUGCUGGCCAAUUUUGUCUUGGCUCAGGAGGUAAGAGCAGUCGUCUGGCAGUCGGAGGGUUGCCGGGUCGAUCCCGCCCUGGGUGUGUCGAAGUGUCCCUGAGCAAGACACCUCACCCCCAAAUGCUCCUGACGAGCUGGUCGGCGCCUUGCAUGGCAGCCAAUCGCCGUUGGUGUGUGAGUGUGUGUAUGAAUGGGUGAAUGAGAAGCAUCAAUUGUGCAGCACUUUGUAUGAAGGCGCUACAUGAAUGCCAACCAUUUACCCAAUUCCUGUGGGACCAC